AGCCGCUCUGCCUCAAGGAGGGAUACUCACGGCACCAGAUCGCCGCAGCACGAGCGCGCUCGUGAUCCCACCUCGCCGGUCCGCGGCGCAGAUCCAGGGCUCGACCUAAGCGGUGCUUUAGGAACACGAACGCAAACCGAGCACGAAAUAGGUCGAGCCCUGCUUAGACCUCGCACUCCGCCUUACCAUAAUGGCGCUGCGCCGAUUCAACCAGGGCGGCAAGAAGCAGAAGGAACUCACCGAGGAGCAGAAGCAGGAGAUCAAGGAGGCGUUCGACCUGUUCGACACGGACGGCUCUGGCGAAAUCGAUUCCAAGGAGUUGAAGGUGGCCAUGCGCGCUCUCGGCUUCGAGCCGAAGAAGGAGGAGAUCCAGAAGAUGAUCUCGGACGUGGAUGACGACGGGAGCGGCACGAUCGGGUACGAGGAGUUCUUAAAGAUGAUGACGCACAAGAUCUUGAACCGCGACCCCAAGGACGAAAUCUUGAAAGCGUUCAGGCUCUUCGACGACGACGAGACUGGGAAAAUAUCUUUCAAGAACUUGAAGCGGGUGGCCAAGGAACUGGGGGAGAGGAUGACGGACGAGGAGUUGCAGGAGAUGAUUGACGAGGCGGACCGCGAUGGCGACGGGGAGGUGAACGAGGAGGAGUUUCUCCGCAUCAUGAAGAAGACCAAUUUGUUCUGAGCUGCAACUUGCAUGCGCUGGUGCGCCCUCUCUUCUGGGGUGUCGAAGUAGCAGGUGCCAGCGAUCGGAGACCCAGCUCCGACGCAGCAGACCCCUUCUUUUCUCGCGGGGAUCCCACGUUCGGCCUUCGAAUUCAAAUGACGGGUGCGGCCAUUGUUUCUUUGACCGCUUGCAUGUGGACCGUCUCAGACCCGGGCCUGGCCUCGUCGUCGUGCCCUUCUCCGUGCGGAUCUGCGAGCAAAAGGAUCCCGAGGCACGACACUAUCCGACGCAUCAUCCCGACCCUUCUCCUCGCCCCGCUGAGGGUGACUAGCGCGAGGGUAGGGGCAGAAUGCAGGCCCGAAGGCUAUAUCAAUCAGCGACUUGCGACGUAUGUGAGCCUCUGUUGGGGUUUCUCGUCGUCAUUCUCGCCCUGAUUCAAGGCAUCGAGGCCGACCAUCGCGG